AUGCCGACGGAGUGUUGCGACCGCAUCUGCUUCUCUGCUUAUCGCGACCCCGAGACACCGCCACUUCUCGCCGCGUCACCUCCGACCUCGGCUACCUCUGAAGAAUUCAAUGUGCACAACAGGCGCCUUGCGAUGAGCCUCAUGCAGCGUGCACUCGUCCGUCCUGGACGAGUGUCGCCCUUCGCAACCCGCCCGCGAACGACCACCGUUUCCCCUCGACUGCGGCAGCGCAGACUCAAGUCCGACUCUUCGUCAGCCCCCGAACCCGCGGUCGAGAGUAAGGCUGGCAAACCCGCCGAUGAGACCGUGAAUACAUCUCAGACAAACGCAUCAUCAUCCUCCCCUGCACCAUCUUCCCCUCCGACCUCUUCGUCGCCUGCACCACCCACCAACACGGUCGCUGCGAGUGCUGGGGCAGCGACGCCGCCAGCCACGGCAAACACGACGGCAAAAACAAUUGCGCGAUCCCGUGGCUGGCGUGAGAUUAUCAAGGCAGGCCCGCUCGGCAGGACGGGGAGAUGGUAUAGCCGGGUACAGGAGAAGCGGCCCUAUACAACACAAGUGUGCAGCUCGAUCAUCAUCUACCUGUGCGGUGACCUGAGCGCGCAAAUGCUGUUCCCUUCAGAAGCUCCGGGCCCGGCGAAGGUCGUGCAGAACGAUCCAACAGGAUCGAAGGAUGUAGGAGAGCAAGAAACCAGUAGCGGAGGCGGUUACGACCCGUGGAGAACAGUGCGACACUUGAUUGUGGGCACAGGAUCGAGCAUUCCCUCGUACAACUGGUUCUGGUUCCUCCACAACCACUUCAACUACCCGUCCAAGUUCUUGUCUAUCUUGACCAAGGUUGUCGUGCAACAGAUGUGCUUUACACCGGUCUUCAACACAUACUUCUUCAGCGUGCAUUCUCUCUUAGCAGGUGCUACGCUCGAAGAGACUUUGGAGCGGCUUAAGAAAGCGGUCCCCGUCAGCAUCACCAACAGCGUCAAGCUCUGGCCCGCCGUCACGGCGUUCAGCUUCAUGUAUGUGCCGCCGCAGUUCCGGAACGUGUUUUCGGGCUGUAUUGCGGUCGGCUGGCAAACGUAUUUGAGUUGGCUGAACCAGAAGGCUGCUCGCGAAGUCCAGGCGGCCGAGCUGGCGGCCGCAAACCCGCCGUCCCAGGCGCUGACCGCAGGCAGCCUGGUUCCUGCGACAGGGAGCGCAUGA